CCGCCCGCCUCCCUCCCCGCGGCCCCGCCAUCCGCUCCGCAGCCGCGAUCGCUCGGCCGAGGGGCCGGGGCGCGGGCGUGUGCGCCGCCGCCGCAGCCGGGGAGCCCGCGAUGGAAUAAUGCCCAGCGGCCCGCCGGUCCCGGUCGUCUUCUGGUGCGUGUGACACCUGAGACAUGAGAUCGUCAGCCUGCCGGCUCUCCAGUUUUUCGAGAGACACACUAUGGAAUCGGAUGCCGGACCAGAUCUCCGUGUCCGAGUUCAUCGCCGAGACCACCGAGGACUACAACUCGCCCACGACGUCCAGCUUCACCACGCGGCUGCACAACUGCAGGAACACCGUGACGCUGCUGGAGGAGGCGCUAGACCAAGAUAGAACAGCUUUGCAGAAGGUGAAGAAGUCUGUGAAAGCCAUCUACAACUCUGGUCAAGACCAUGUACAAAAUGAGGAAAACUAUGCCCAAGUUCUGGACAAGUUCGGGAGUAAUUUUUUAAGUCGAGACAACCCGGACCUCGGCACCGCUUUCGUCAAAUUUUCGACUCUCACGAAGGAGCUGUCCACCCUGCUGAAAAACCUGCUCCAGGGGCUGAGCCACAACGUGAUCUUCACUUUGGACUCCCUGCUGAAAGGAGACCUCAAGGGAGUCAAAGGAGAUCUUAAGAAGCCAUUUGACAAAGCUUGGAAAGAUUAUGAGACAAAGUUCACGAAAAUUGAGAAGGAGAAGAGAGAGCAUGCGAAGCAGCACGGGAUGAUCCGCACGGAGAUCACGGGGGCGGAGAUCGCGGAGGAGAUGGAGAAGGAGCGGCGCCUCUUCCAGCUGCAGAUGUGCGAGUAUCUCAUCAAAGUCAACGAGAUCAAGACCAAAAAGGGCGUGGACCUGCUGCAGAAUCUCAUCAAGUACUACCACGCCCAGUGCAAUUUCUUUCAAGAUGGCUUGAAAACGGCUGACAAGUUGAAACAAUACAUUGAAAAACUGGCUGCUGACUUAUAUAACAUAAAACAAACCCAGGAUGAAGAAAAGAAACAGCUAACCGCCCUCCGGGACUUAAUAAAGUCCUCUCUCCAGCUCGAUCAGAAAGAAUCUAGGAGAGAUUCCCAGAGCCGCCAGGGCGGGUACAGCAUGCACCAGCUCCAGGGCAACAAGGAGUACGGCAGCGAGAAGAAGGGGUACCUGCUGAAGAAAAGCGACGGGAUCCGCAAAGUGUGGCAGAGGAGGAAGUGCGCGGUCAAGAACGGGAUGCUGACCAUCUCCCACGCCACGGCUAACAGGCAGCCAGCCAAGUUGAACCUCCUCACCUGCCAGGUGAAGCCGAAUGCCGAGGACAAGAAGUCUUUUGACCUGAUCUCACAUAACAGGACGUAUCACUUCCAGGCAGAAGACGAGCAGGAUUAUGUAGCAUGGAUCUCAGUGCUGACAAACAGCAAAGAGGAGGCCCUGACCAUGGCCUUCCGCGGGGAGCAGAGCACGGGCGAGAACAGCCUGGAGGACCUGACCAAAGCCAUCAUCGAGGACGUCCAGCGGCUGCCUGGCAACGACGUCUGCUGCGACUGCGGCUCUUCAGAACCCACCUGGCUUUCGACCAACCUGGGUAUUUUGACCUGCAUCGAAUGUUCUGGAAUCCACAGGGAAAUGGGUGUCCAUAUUUCCCGCAUCCAGUCUCUGGAACUAGACAAGCUGGGAACUUCUGAACUCUUGCUGGCCAAGACCAUCGGGAACAAUAGUUUCAAUGAUAUUAUGGAAGCCAAUUUACCCAGCCCCUCACCGAAGCCUACCCCAAUGAGCGACAUGACCGCACGGAAAGAGUACAUCACGGCGAAGUACGUGGACCAUCGGUUCUCCAGGAAGACCUGCUCCUCUCCGUCGGCUAAGCUGAACGAGCUGAUGGAGGCCGUGCGGUCCCGGGACCUGCUUGCCCUCGUCCAGGUCUACGCGGAAGGCGUGGAGCUCAUGGAGCCGCUGCUGGAGCCCGGGCAGGAGCCCGGGGAGACCGCCCUUCAUCUUGCAGUCCGAACUGCAGACCAGACAUCUCUCCAUUUGGUUGACUUCCUUGUCCAAAACUGUGGGAACCUGGACAAGCAGACAGCCCUGGGGAACACGGCCCUGCACUACUGCAGCAUGUUCGAGAAGCCCGAGUGCCUGAAGCUGCUGCUCCGGAGCAAGCCCACCGUGGACGUGGUGAACCAGGCUGGAGAGACUGCCCUCGACAUAGCAAGGAGACUGAAAGCCACCCAGUGUGAAGAUCUGCUCCAGGCCGCUGCGGACCUCGGUGCCCAUAACCCGGGGAAGGGAGAGAUAGGAAAGCUUUCCCAGGCCAAGUCCGGGAAGUUCAACCCGCACGUGCACGUGGAGUACGAGUGGAACCUGCGCCAGGAGGAGAUGGACGAGAGCGACGACGACCUGGACGACAAGCCGAGCCCCAUCAAGAAGGAGCGCUCUCCGCGCCCCCAGAGCUUCUGCCACUCCUCCAGCAUCUCCCCCCAGGACAAGCUGGCGCAGCCGGGCUUCGGCACCCCGCGGGACAAGCAGCGGCUCUCCUACAGCGCCUUCCCCAACCAGAUCUUCACCUCCACCAGCACGGACUCGCCCACAUCGCCCACCUCGGAGGCACCUCCGCUGCCUCCUCGAAACGCCGGCAAAGGUCCCCCCGGCCCGCCUUCCACGCUCCCGCUCGGCAUGCAGUCCUCCGGCAGCGGCACCUCCACCCUGUCCAAGAAGCGGCCCCCACCGCCGCCCCCCGGGCACAAGAGAACCCUGUCGGACCCUCCCAGCCCACUACCUCACGGGCCCUCCAGCAAAGGCGCGGUUACCUGGGGUAACGACAUGGGUCCAUCCUCGUCCAGUAAGACCACAAACAAGUUCGAGGGGCUGUCUCAGCAGGCGAGCACCGGUUCCGCGAAGUCUGCCCUUGGCCCACGAGUUCUGCCUAAACUACCUCAGAAAGUGGCCCUCCGGAAGACCGAGACCAGCCACCAUCUCUCCCUGGACAAGGCCAGCAUCCCGCCCGAAGGCGCCCUGAAACCGGCGCCGCCGGCAGACCUGCCCCCGAAGCCCACCGACCUGGCGCCCAGGCCCCAGAUGGGAGACCUGCCGCCGAAGCCGGGAGAACUGCCGCCCAAGCCUCAGCUGGGCGACCUGCCCCCCAAGCCCCACCUCUCAGACCUGCCCCCCAAGCCACAUAUGAAGGACCUGCCCCCCAAGCCGCAGCUGGCGGACCUGCUGGCCAAGGCCCCGCCGGGCGAGGCCCCGCCCAAGGCCCCGCCCGCCGACGGCGCCCUCAAGUCGCACUCGCUGGACCUCUCCCCGAACGUGCCGGCCCGGGACGCCCUCCAGAAGCAGGCCUCCGAGGACACCAACGACCUGACGCCCACCCUGCCCGAGAUGCCCGUUCCGCUGCCCAGGAAGAUCAACACGGGGAAGAACAAGGUGCGGCGCGUCAAGACCAUCUACGACUGCCAGGCCGACAACGACGACGAGCUGACCUUCCUCGAGGGCGAGGUGAUCGUCGUCACGGGGGAGGAGGACCAGGAGUGGUGGAUCGGCCACAUCGAGGGAGAGCCCGAAAGGAAAGGGGUCUUUCCCGUGUCCUUCGUCCACAUCCUGUCGGACUAGCGAGGAGGAGAACCCGGGACUGUCCACGCCCUCCAGCCCCGGGCCCACGUGUACAUAGCUGCUGUUACAGAACGGACCGCCGGCCACUCCGCACGGGGACGGCGCCGUGUGUCUUGUAAAUAAACGCCCUGUUAUCUCCCGCCUUCGCCAGUAUUAAUGGGAGCCGGGGACCGGCGUCUUCCCGGUUUGCCAAAGCCGUCCUGGCGUCUAGCACUUCCAUCUCCCUCUGUGCCGUCCUCCAAGCGAGCAGGAACCUGGGGACCACCGGCUCUGCCAACGGCAGUGGUCUCGGCCGGACCGUGCCCAGCGCCAGUGUCCUCGCCCGUCCCUGAGCAGGCACGGCCGCUGGCAGAAGGCGAUCUGUCUUCCGGGGAGACCGAGCUCCGCCAGGCUGCCUGCAGCCCGUGUUCAGUUUACAGCUCCACCGCCCGCUGGGCAUCAUGACAGCAAGCGCUCGGUUAACCGGGAGAGUGACCCUGCGGCAGGACAGGCACAGCCCGGCCUCAGGGCACGCACGCACCCCCCCCCCCUCGCCAGGUCGGCCAGUGGAUGCAGACGUCCGGGGAGCCGUGCCUGCCCCUGAGACGUUACCUCAUUAUGCAAAGAUGACGUAGCCUUCGUGACGACGCGGACAGACGCUGAGGCCCUCAGUGGAGCCCCUUUUCCAGGCCCGGGGGCUGCCAGGAGCGAGCCUUCCCUAAGGAGCCUUCCCUAAAGGGGCGUGCGCAGCGGGGGGCCCGCACGCUCUAACCUGAUUGCCAUUAAAAGCAGAGAUGAUAAGGUUGCGACGAUGUUUGUGUCUAGCCAGCCCCGUGGCUUUCUCCCACGCGUGUGGCUUUCCACGUCCUGUUGUUAUGAAUGAGCAUCCUCCCCGUGUGUGCAAGCAUCCAGUGUGUCCAUUCACGUUCUGUUCGCGGAGCUUUGUCCCUGACACGUGUAACCCCUGCAGAGGUCAGCCAGGAGGAGGACGGGCUGGAAGCCACCCUGCCCUCGGUCUCCCGCCCUAGAACCAGGUGCUGAAACCGCCUUCUCCUUCCUCCCGGCGCUCGGUUAAACCCCGAUCAUAGGAAGUCCCCAGCCCCACGCCCGGUUCCGCAGACACGUCUCCUUCAGGUCAGCCCAUCCCCGAGGCCCUGGCGCCGCUGUGGCCCCACGUGGGGAGUCUGUCCCCCGGAGGCCCCUGUCGGUCUCCUCCUCCCCCGUGUGAGUUGGGAAUUUGAAGAGAAUACAGCGGGUUCGCUGCUCCCACUGGCAGGGCUGAGCCCUGACCAGGGCCCCGGUGUCCCUCUGCCAUUGCAUUUGCUUCAUCUGCUCUGUCGGCAAACCGCACAGGAGACGGCGUUCUUACACAUGUAAUCUCGGCAGUGAGUGAGGCGUGUUCAUUUCACAGAAGCACAAUCCCUCCCGAACCAUUAGGAAAGCCGUCCCAGGCCGUCACGCCCCAUGCCGGUGAAUUUAGUUCCGCACACACUUAGAGAGCAUCGGGCAGCCGCGGGCUCAGGAAACCCCGUGGCAGGCCCGCCGCCCCCCUCAGCUGUGACUCCGGCAGCCAGAGUGCAGGCGCAGCCAGUGACCUGGGGGGUGGCCGGCAGCGUCUGCAGCCUCGAGACGCAGGCCACGCCCGCGUCAGGGCAGGAGGACACCCUCCCACGUCCCUGUCCCGGUUCGGUUCCACGUUUUCAGUUGCAUUAAAAAACUCAUCUUUGCAGCCUACAGUGUUUAACUGAUCUCAAAAUAACUGGUUUCUUAAGACACACACACACACACACACUAGAUGUCUGAGGCGACGCGGAAUCCAUGUCUGCUCUUCCCCUUCCCAGCAACGUGAACGCGUUCUUCACAUCUUUUCUUCUUUCGGGAUUGUCUCUGUUCUUUUCGGGCUUGUCACCAGGAAUCGGAGCUCUCUCCAGCUCGCUGGCCCUGGGACCCCUUGGCCGGUCUUAGUUUGAGUUGAAGUCUUGAUCCUUGUUCUGAAUCUCCGUGAGCCACCAUCUGCCGUUUUGUACAUGAGAUAGUAUUUUGAAGGUAUAGGAACUUAUGGGG